AUGCUUGAGGUUUCUGAGAAGAAUCAGUGGGGAGAAAUUGUUGAAGAGUUCAACUUUCCCAGAAGUUGUUCUAACGCUGCCUUUGCUUUAAAACAGUAUUACUUGCGUUACCUAGAAAAAUACGAGAAAGUUCAUCAUUUUGGGGAGGAUGAUGAUGAGGUACCACCAGGCAAUCCAAAGCCACAGCUUCCUAUUGGUGCAAUUCCAUCUUCCUACAAUUACCAGCAACACAGUGUAUCAGAUUAUCUGCGUCAAAGUUAUGGGCUAUCUAUGGACUUCAAUUCGCCAAAUGAUUAUAAUAAAUUGGUGCUUUCACUGUUAUCUGGACUCCCAAAUGAAGUGGACUUUGCUAUUAAUGUAUGCACUCUUCUAUCAAAUGAAAGCAAGCACGUCAUGCAACUCGAAAAAGACCCUAAAAUCAUCACUUUAUUACUUGCUAAUGCCGGGGUGUUUGACGACACUUUAGGAUCCUUUUCUACUGUAUUUGGUGAAGAAUGGAAGGAGAAGACUGAUAGAGAUUUUGUUAAGUUUUGGAAGGACAUUGUUGAUGAUAAUGAAGUACGUGACCUCAUUUCUGACAGAAACAAGUCUCAUGAAGGUACAUCAGGAGAAUGGAUUUGGGAAUCGUUAUUUCAUCCACCUCGAAAGCUGGGCAUUAAUGAUAUUGAAGGACAACGGGUACUUCAGAUUGCAGUGAUUUUGCGAAAUCUUUCCUUUGAGGAGGGCAAUGUUAAGCUCUUGGCAGCUAAUCGUACCUGUCUUCGUUUCCUAUUACUUUCUGCACAUAGUCAUUUUAUUUCUCUAAGGCAAUUAGGCCUUGACACAUUAGGAAAUAUUGCAGCUGAGCUUCUAUUGGACCCUGUUGAUUUCAAAACUACUCAUCUGAUGUUUCAUACUGUUACUAAAUGCCUAAUGUCAAGGGAUAGAUUUUUAAAGAUGAGGGGCAUGGAAAUUUUGGGAAAUCUUUGCAAAGCAGAAGAUAAUGGUGUUUUGAUUUGUGAAUAUGUCGAUCAGGACUCAUACAGAGAGAUCAUUUGUCAUCUCACUUUACCUGAUGUGCUGCUUGUAAUCUCAACACUCGAGGUGCUAUAUAUGCUCACCGAAAUGGGAGAUGUCGCUUGCACAAAAAUUGCAAAAGUAGAAAAGAGCAUAGACAUGUUAGUGUGUCUGGUUUCUAUGGAUAUUCAGAUGUUUGGCCCUGAUGCACUAGCUGCAGUAAAACUCGUCGAACAUCCAAGUUCCAGUCAUCAAGUUUUAUCUGAAAUUAGGCCACAAGCUGUAGAGCAAGUCCAAACCCAGACCCAUGUAGCAUCCACCCCAGCUUCCAGAGCAGUUGUAGCACAGCAUGUUGCUCCACCUCCAGGAAUAGUGGAAAUAGAUAGUGAGAAGUUUGCUUGUCAGUGGCUAAAUGCUCAUUUUGAAGUAAAUCCAGAUUGUUCUGUCUCUCGAGCAGAAAUGUAUUCUGAGUACCUCUCAACGUGCAGUAAAUUAGCUCGUGGUGGAAUCCUAACUUCAACUGGAUUUUAUAAAUGUCUUAGAACGGUCUUUCCAAAUCAUACAGUGAAGAGAGUGGAGGAUUCCAGCAGCAACGGGCAGGCACAUAUUCAUGUGGUCGGAGUAAAACGGAGGGCUAUACCACUUCCCAUUCAGAUGUACUAUCAGCAGCAACCAGUCUCUACUCCUGUUGUUCGUGUUGAUUCUGUUCCUGAUGUAUCUCCAAGUCCUUCACCUGCAGGAAUCCCUCAUGGACCACAAAGUGUAGGAAACCAUUUUCAGAGGACUUCUGUUACCAACCAAUCUUCAAAUUUGACUGCAACACAAAUGUCUUUUCCAGUACAAGGUGUUCAUACUGUGGCACAGACUGUUUCAAGAAUUCCACCAAAUCCUACAGUUCAUACCCACCAGCAGCAAAAUGCUCCAGUGACUGUCAUUCAAAAUAAAGCUCCAAUUCCUUGUGAAGUUGUUAAGGCUACAGUAAUUCAGAAUUCUCUACCCCAGACAGCAGUUCCUGUUAGUAUUGCUGUGGGAGGAGGAGCUGCUCAGAGUUCUGUGGUUCAGAAUCAUAGUACAGGACCACAACCCGUUACAGUUGUAAAUUCCCAGACAUUGCUUCAUCAUCCAUCUGUAAUUCCACAACAGUCUCCAUUACACACAGUGGUACCAGGACAGAUACCUUCCGGCACUCCUGUUACAGUAAUUCAACAAGCCGUCCCACAGAGUCAUAUAUUUGGCAGAGUACAGAACAUACCAGCAUGUACUUCUACAGUUUCACAGGGUCAACCGUUAAUCACCACAUCACCCCAGCCUGUGCAAACUUCAUCUCAACAAACAUCAGCUGGUAGCCAGCCACAAGACACCGUUAUCAUAGCACCUUCACAGUACGUAACAACUUCUGCAUCCAAUAUUGUCUCAGCAACGUCCGUACAGAAUUUUCAGGUAGCUACAGGACAGAUGGUUACCAUUGCUGGUGUCCCAAGUCCACAACCCUCAAGAGUAGGGUUUCAGAACAUUGCACCAAAACCUCUCCCUUCUCAGCAAGUUUCAUCAACAGUGGUACAACAGCCCAUUCAACAACCACAGCAGCCAACCCAACAAAGCGUAGUGAUUGUAAGCCAGCCGGCUCAACAAGGUCAAACUUAUGCACCAGCCAUUCACCAAAUUGUUCUUGCUAAUCCAGCAGCUCUUCCAGCUGGUCAGACAGUUCAGCUAACUGGGCAACCAAACAUAACUCCAUCUUCCUCACCAUCACCUGUCCCAGCUACUAAUAACCAAGUCCCAACUGCCAUGUCAUCUUCUUCCGCCCCUCAGUCACAAGGACCACCUCCUACCGUCAGUCAGAUGCUGUCUGUGAAGAGGCAGCAGCAGCAGCAGCAUUCACCAGCGCCCUCACCACAACAGGUACAAGUACAGGUUCAGCAGCCACAACAAGUACAGAUGCAAGUUCAGCCACAGCAGACAAACGCAGGCGUUGGUCAGCCUGCUUCUGGUGAGUCAAGUCUGAUAAAACAGUUGCUGCUUCCAAAGCGUGGUCCUUCAACACCAGGUGGUAAGCUAAUUCUCCCAGCUCCACAGAUUCCUCCCCCUAAUAAUGCUAGAGCUCCUAGCCCUCAGGUGGUAUACCAGGUGGCCAAUAACCAAGCAGCAGGUUUUGGAGUGCAGGGGCAAACUUCAGCUCAGCAGCUAUUGGUUGGGCAGCAAAAUGUUCAGUUGGUCCAAAGUGCAAUGCCACCUGCAGGGGGAGUGCAAACUGUGCCCAUCUCGAACUUACAAAUAUUGCCAGGCCCGCUGAUCUCAAAUAGCCCAGCAACCAUUUUCCAAGGGACUUCUGGCAACCAGGUAACCAUAACAGUUGUGCCAAAUACAAGUUUUGCAACUGCAACUGUGAGUCAGGGAAAUGCAACUCAGCUCAUUGCUCCAGCAGGAAUUACUAUGAGUGGGACGCAAGCAGGAGUUGGACUUCAGGUGCAAACGCUUCCAGCCACUCAGACAUCUCCAGCUGGACAAUCAUCCUGUACUACUGCUACUCCCCCGUUCAAAGGUGAUAAGAUAAUUUGCCAAAAGGAGGAGGAAGCAAAAGAAGCAACAGGUUUACAUGUUCAUGAACGUAAGAUUGAAGUCAUGGAGAACCCGUCCUGCCGACGAGGAACCACAAACACCAGCAAUGGGGAUACAAAGGAAAAUGAAAUGCAGGUGGGAAGUCUUUUAAAUGGGAGAAAGUACAGUGACUCAAGUCUACCUCCUUCAAACUCAGGGAAAAUUCAAAGUGAGGCUAAUCAGUGCUCACUAAUCAGUAAUGGGCCAUCGUUAGAAUUAGGUGAGAAUGGAACGUCCGGAAAACAGAACUCAGAACAAAUCGACAUGCAGGAUAUCAAAAGUGAUUUGAAAAAACCUCUGGUUAAUGGAAUCUGUGAUUUUGAUAAAGGAGAUGGUUCUCAUUUAAGCAAAAACAUUCCAAAUCACAAAACUUCCAAUCACGUAGGAAAUGGCGAGAUAUCUCCAAUGGAACCACAAGGGACUUUAGAUGCCACUCAGCAAGAUACUGCCAAAGGUGAUCAACUAGAAAGAAUUUCUAAUGGACCUAUAUUAACUUUGGGUGGUUCACCAUCUGUGAGCAGUAUACAGGAGGCUCCAAAUGUGGCGACACAGCAGUUUAGUGGUACUGAUUUGCCUAAUGGACCUCUAGCUUCAAGUUUGAAUUCAGAUGUGCCUCAGCAACGCCCAAGUGUAGUUGUCUCACCACAUUCUACAACCUCUGUUAUACAGGGGCAUCAAGUCGUAGCAGUUCCCCACUCAGGAUCAAGAGUGUCCCAUUCUCCUGCCCUGUCAUCUGACGUUCGGUCUACAAAUGGCACAGCAGAAUGCAAAACUGUAAAGAGGCCAGCAGAGGAUAAUGAUAGGGAAACAGUCACAGGAAUUCCAAAUAAAGUAGGAGUUAGAAUUGUUACAAUCAGUGACCCCAACAAUGCUGGCUGCAGUGCAACAAUGGUUGCCGUGCCAGCAGGAGCAGAUCCAAGCACUGUAGCGAAAGUAGCAAUAGAAAGUGCUGUUCAGCAAAAGCAACAGCAUCCACCAACAUACGUACAGAAUGUGGUCCCACAGGGGUUUGGGGAUGUAAAGGAGGCACCUGGACCCCAAGAAGGGACUCUCAGACUUGCAGAAUGUGCAGGGCUGAAAAGACUGCAGGGAAAUGUCCCUGCUGAGAAUGGCCAACAGAACACUCCUAUGACGCCUUCACCAGCUGCGCAGGUGCAGAACCAGCCCAGCACUUCUCAGCCUUCUCCAUUCAGUGCAUCUAGUCAACAAGGGGAUCCAGUGAGAAAACCUGGACACAACUUCAUGUGUCUGUGGCAGUCUUGUAAAAAGUGGUUUCAGACACCCUCACAGGUUUUCUACCAUGCAGCAACUGAACAUGGAGGAAAAGAUGUGUAUCCAGGGCAAUGUCUUUGGGAAGGUUGUGAGCCUUUUCAGCGACAGAGGUUUUCUUUUAUUACCCACUUACA